AGCACAUUAACAUUGUCGCAGAGACUAAAGGAAGGCUUGUGUGUGGAGAAGGAAGUCAGAAGAGAGGGCUGUGUGUGCGGUAGGUUUGUUAGAACAACCGUCAAAGACCAACUUUGUAAGAGACAGAAAGAACAUCUGCAAAUACAAUGCUGUUCCUGCAACUUGUGCUGCUGGUGGUUUUCCUCCCAGAUGGUGACAGUGAAGAUGCUGUGCAGGAGCCAAUUUCCUUCCAAAUUACCCUGACUGUAUCCUUUUAUAACCGUUCCUGGACACAAAGUCUGGGUUCAGCUUGGCUGGAUGAAAUACAGACUCAUGGCUGGGACAACAAGACUGGUGCUUUCAUUUUCUUGUGGCCUUGGUCCAAAGGCAACUGGAGCAAUGUGGAGCUGAUAAAAUUGGAAAAGUUACUCUAUGCAUACUUCAUUGGACUUCGUCAGGUGUUUCAAGACCAUGUCAGACACUGGCAUCUUGAAUAUCCAUUUCAGAUACAGCUGGCAGAAGGCUGUGAACUACACUUUGGGGAAGCAUCAGUAGGAUUUGUGAAGUUUGCUUAUCAAGGGGCAGAUCUCACAAGCUUCCAGAACACGACAUGGUGGCCAUCUCCAAAGGGAGGAAGUAGGGCUCAAGAGGUCUGCAAACGAUUCAAUCAGUACCAUGUGCUCAAUGAGGAAAUACACACAUUCUUCAGUGACACCUGCCCCAAGUUCCUGUUGGGUCUUCUUGAUGCAGGAAAGGCAGAUCUCCAGCGGCAAGUGAGACCAGAAGCCUGGCUGUCCACUGGCCCCAGUCCUGGUCCUGGUCGUCUCUUGCUGAUAUGCCAUGUCUCUGGGUUCUACCCAAAGCCUGUGUUGGUGAUGUGGAUGCAUGGUGAGCAGGAGCAACAGGGCACCCACCAAGGUGAAGUCCUGCCUCAUGCUGAUGGGACAUGGUAUCUUCAGGUGUCCUUGGAUGUGAAAACCAGGGAGGCAGCAGGCCUGUUGUGCCGGGUGAGGCACAGCAGUCUAAGAGGCCAGGACAUGGUCCUCUACUGGGGUGUCUCCCUACCUGUCAGGCUGUCCUCAGCCCUCCUGCUCCCAGUGUCCUUCCCCUGUGCAGUCCACACCUCCAACUUGCUGCAGAAUGACUCUUCCCCUGUUCCUCCCAGGAAAACACAAUGGAGACAUCAGUGCACUGGCUUCUCUUUGGAGUGAGAUCCUGACAGCCUCAGCUCCAGUACUUACCUAAACUCAACUUGGUGGUGAUGUGCUUGCAACUCUGUGUGCAACUUUGUCUUUCAUUUUUGCUUGAUGACCAGUUGUCAAUAUACGCUUAGUGUGAUAUACCA